UUUUAAAAAGGGAAAAAUCGAAAAAUCGUCAGCUUCAUAAGCUGGAUUCUUUGCCAUCUCUAGCUUGUCAGAAGACACAAAAGGGAUUUUAUAAACACUAACUGCACGAAAAAAUCAUGCCAACAAUUGGAAGCUUGCUGGGUAUAAACAGCUCACUAAAGUUUGCUGUUGGGGUAUGGAUGUUCUGUAGAGGUUUGUUUAUAGCAACCAUUGGUUGCUAUGAUGAAGCCAAGAAAGAUGCAAAAACCCAAAGAACAGUUUCUGGAGUAGGAUUAGAUAAGAAGGACACUGUUCCUGAAUCAGUCCCUACAAUGGUUGAAAUCAAACGGAAAAUUCCAGCGCAUUGUUUCGAAUCCAAGCUCAGCACCUCACUCUAUUAUGCAAUAAAAGAUGUUGCCAUGGCAGCAAUAUUUUACACAGCUAUGUGCUACUAUGACAACCAUUACAGUGGUAACAUAGUAUUGGAUGCUUUCACAUGGAGUGUCUACUGGUUAAUGCAAGGAACUAUGUUCACAGCUUUCUUUGUGGUGGGUCAUGAUGCUGGCCAUGACAGUUUCUCGAACAAUUGGCUAAUCAAUGACCUUAUCGGGACAAUCUUCCACACGUUUCUAUGUACUCCAUUCUAUGGUUGGAAACUCUCCCACAGACAUCACCAUAAGAACACAGGGAAUAUUGACAAGGAUGAAGUCUUCUAUCCUAUCAGGGAAGAUCUUCCUGGAGCAAAAGGCAUGGUGCUUCCUGGGUUUGGAUUAGGCAUGGGUUACUAUGGUUACCUGGUAGGAGGAUACACCCCGAGGAAUGUUCCACACUUUAACCCCUUUCACGCUUUCUACUCUAAGCAUGUGAAACCUAUGUGCAUUACCAUCACAGCAGUUCUUUUAUGGUCAUGCUGCCUUUGGAAGUACGCUCAAAUUUUUGGACUAAAAAAUCUUGUCUGCUAUUAUGGAAUCCCAUUGUUUAUUUUUGCGACCUAUUGCGUUCUGAUAACAUUCCUCCAUCACACUGAAGUGAAUGUUCCAUGGUAUGGUGACAGUAAAUGGGAUUAUGUGAGAGGGCAACUGUCAAGCGUAGAUAGACACUACGGCUGGGUGCAUGGCCUCAUUCAUAAUAUUGGGACCCACCAAAUACACCAUCUAUUCACUAAAAUACCACACUAUCAUCUUGAGGAAGCCACACAGCAUUUCAGGAAGAAUUUUCCAGAGCUUGUGAGAAUCUGUGAUGAGCCUAUUUUGCCGUCCUACUGGAGGAUGUUCAAAAAGUACUUGGACAAUGGGACCGUGAAGAAGGAUUCCGAUUUACAUGUGUACCAUUAAUAUUACUUUAUUAUUUAAAAUGAUGAGUCUUUUUCAAAACGACUGUUUGAUUUUCAAUAGCUAAUUUGUAUUUCCGUCCUACUUGAGGAUGUUCAAUAAGUAUUUGGACAAUAGUAAUUAAGUGAAGUGAACUCUGAACAAUUUGCUACUUAGUACACAGUAUUUAACUUUGUUUUUAUGUGGGUUUUCAAUGUUACUAAUUGCUGAAUUUCUGGAAGUAUUUCUACCUAUGCUUACCUAUGCUUACUUAUGCUUACUGAAUUAACUUGUAUACAGUUAAGGC